CCCAACCCUGAGAGACUCUGCAACGGGGAUUCAGUGCAAAGAUGGAAAAAGUCAGAGGAUUGCUGUCUUCAAGGGGAAUUAUGUUGAAUAAUUGACUUUGUAUCUGGGACCCAUUAACUGUGUGCUUGUGUGCACCAGUGAAACAUUAACUUUUUGACUCUUUUUUUUUCUUUUCUUUUUCUUAACACCAGGAAGUGAAGCAGGCUCCCAGCAAGGCAGCAACCUCGCAGACAGAACGGGGAGGAAAAUGAAGCUCCCGAUUUUCAUAGCAGACGCAUUCACGGCAACAGCUUUCCGGGGCAAUCCUGCUGCCGUCUGCCUCCUGGAAAAUGCUCUGGCUGAAGACGCCCAUCAACAGAUCGCAAGGGAAAUGAACCUCUCCGAAACGGCUUUCGUCAGGAAACUGCAACCAAGCGACAACUUCACACAAAGUUCCCGCUUUGGACUGAGGUGGUUUACACCAGAGAGUGAGGUUCCUCUGUGUGGUCACGCCACCCUGGCCUCUGCCGCUGUGCUGUUUCACAAGAUAAAGAACACAAACAGCACUCUGACCUUCACCACUAUGAGCGGGGAGCUAAAGGCCAGAAGAGCAGAGGACGGGAUUGUCUUGGACUUUCCUCUCUACCCAGCCUUCCCCCAGGACUUCCAUGAGGUGGAAGACUUGAUAAAGACAGCCAUAGGUGACACCGUGGUCCAGGAUAUCCGGUACUCUCCAGAUACCCGAAAACUCCUGCUCCGGCUCAGCGAUUCUUAUGACAGGUCCUUUCUGGAGACCCUGAGGGUGAACACAGAACCUCUGCCUCGAAUGGAAAAGACAGGGAGGGUGAAAGGACUCAUUCUCACUCUCAGAGGAGAGCCUGGGGGGCAGACACCCCACUAUGACUUCUACUCCCGGUACUUUGCACCGUGGAUUGGUUUGCCUGAAGACCCGGUAACAGGAGCUGCGCACACCGUUCUGAGCAGUUACUGGUCCCAGCAGCUUGGGAAGAGAGAGAUGCGAGCCUUUCAGUGUUCCCGCCGAGGAGGAGAACUGGACAUUGCCCUGCGACCUGAUGGACGAGUUGACCUGAAGGGUGGCGCGGCUAUUGUCUUGGAGGGCACGCUGACGGUCUAGAGACUUAUGCUGGGCUGUGGCCACCGCUAAACACAAGUGUUUUCUCACUACCAAUAAAACCAAAGCAAACCAA